AGUUGGCGGCCGCCUGGCCGGUGGCGCCGGGGCCGUGGAAGGUCCAGUCGUGGCUGACGGCGGGCACGAGGCGCGCGGGCCGCAUCUUGCGGCGGUCGUGGAUGAAGAAGAGCAGGCGGAGGUAGACAAGGGGCUGUGGGGUCACCUUCUCUUCCUCUCUCCUUCCACCCCAAAUCUUCUGCGUUGCGUGUGACGCAGAGGGAGAGCACGUUGGCCUGGACCUCAAGCUACCCACGUUCUAGUCCCGCCUCUGUCAUUUCCUAGAGCUGUGGCCUCGGAUCCCUCCCUGGUGCCACAGCAGCUGAGUGUGCAUCAAAUCUGAAGAAAAUCUACACAGUACAAACAGUACAGAUAUUCUGGAGUGUGUACAAUAAUAUCCCUCCGGUGACUAGCCUGCCUUUGAGAUGUAGUUAUCAUUUAAUGAGAGGAGAGAGGCGACCACUUUGGGAAGAGGAGAGUAAUGCAAAGGGUGGCGUAUGGAAGAUGAAAGUUCCCAAGGACAGCACGUCCACAGUUUGGAAAGAGUUGUUGUUAGCAACUAUCGGGGAACAGUUCACAGAUUGUGCCGCAGCAGAUGACGAAGUGAUAGGAGUUAGCGUCAGUGUUCGGGACCGAGAAGAUGUCGUCCAAGUCUGGAAUGUAAAUGCCUCCUUAGUCGGCGAAGCAACUGUUUUAGAAAAGAUCUAUGAACUUCUGCCCCACAUAACUUUUAAAGCAGUAUUUUAUAAACCCCAUGAAGAGCAUCAUGCUUUUGAAGGUGGACGUGGAAAACACUAAUUGCACUCUGUAAAGAAUUCUUUGUCCUUUGCUGAUUGGUUUUGGAAACGGUCUUAACAGGAGGGAGAGUGAAGAGAAGACAUGCCGAAGCCCGAUGCUGGUCAAUUUAGAGUGGGUUUCUGUCCUUGCAGAUUGGGCAAUUAGGACUGAAAGUGGCAGGUGGGGUGGGGGGAGACUGUGUGGGUUUCUACCGUCACAUUAUUUGCUUUUAAAAAAAAAAAAAAAUUUUUUUUUUUUUGGCUUUCUAAAUUCUCCGUUCUUUUCACUCUGAAUUUUUUUUUUUUUUGCCCUUUAAAAUUCCUUAUUCAGUCUAAUUAUUGUUUUCUACACUCCCCUUUCACUGAGGCACAAGAAAUUGGUUUCCCUUUAAGUAGCUCUGCUGUACCUAGUUAAUGAGAAUAUGCAUAAUCAUGACAAUACUGCUUUUGAAAACCACACUGUACAAGGAGGAAUACUAGCGUGGCGAAACCUGUCUUCUGAUUAUUUGUUGUGACACAUUCCUACGUCCCAUGAGCUGGGCAUUGUUUUUUUCUGUCCCAGGGAAAAGAAAAACCAUACUUAAUCUGAUUUUGCACUGACAGCACAUACAUCUUUUAUUUUUCCUUUUUAAAAUUUUUUUUUUUUUUUUUUUUUUCGAUAAAGGGAAAAAAAUAGUUGGGUUGCCUAACAUGAAAACUGUAAUCACAGUUUAAUAUCAGGAUAUAAAUCAAACUCUAGGUCUUUGGGUCCUCUGUGAAAAGAUUUCUAACCAGAAUUUCAAUUUGGCCUUUUCAAUGAAAGGCUUACAGUCGUAGCAAGGGAUCUCUCCAGUAGGAAACCUGAUAUCUCUGAUUUAAAGAGGAGGUGAUAUUUUAAUUGUUUGAAUUAAGCUUCUUCCAAAGUUUGGGUGUAUUUACCCACUUAGGGCUUUCCAGAUCAAUUCUAACACAUUUUGUUACCUGACCCCCUUUCCUGCUCACACUGUAUGUCAUUUCUGAUAAUCGACCAUCCUCCAACCUGGGCAGCUUUCUCUGCCCUUGUUCAUUUAGGAGCAGGAAGUUAGAUCUCGUUUCCAGGAUGAAUAUGAACAUUCACAACGCUGAACUUUGCAUUCUGUUCACAUUCAGUAUUGGAAUUGUUGCUAUGUAUUGUAUUAUACUACCAAAGAAAUACUGAUUUUAGUAGAAAGACAGGGCCACCCUCUGGAACAUUGAGACACCCUCAGAAAGUGCCGAUUUCCCUCUCUUGCCUUUGCCAAGCCUCUGGCUGUUUUUGCCUGCUAAAGGGCAGGGCCAUUGGAAGAGGCUUCCUCAGGAUGGCUUGUUUUUGGAGUCACGGGAGCCAGUGCGUGCUUAUACAUUUUUCAAAAGGGCAGUGCACUCAGAACUUUCAUUGCACCCAGGAUUUUUAAUUCCUCUUGCACUGUUGACCAGCAGAAAGUGGUGGGGCUGCUUUCAGCCUCCAACAUGUGUAUGUAAAUAAAAUUCUCCAUUGAAACAUUUUAAAGAACUUUCAACAAUAUCUUUUUAUCAAAGUUGUGCCCUUCACUUGCUUUACUAACCGCAUCAACCAUAAUCACCAUCAUCAUAGUUUUAAAAAAAUGCUCUUUUCUAAACCUGAGUUUCUUCAGUGAUUUCAAAAUGAGGUAUAAAGAUAUCAGACUCGUUUAGCAAAACCCUUGGACUUGUUUCUCUAAACGUUGUACUAACAUUCAUCUUGUUUUAAAAUUAUUCCUGAAGGAUUUUUUUAAAAACUCUGGACAUGAAUUAAAAUUCUUUUUUAUAAUAUAAGUAUUUUUCUGAUACAUUAGAAAAAAGGAUAUAAUUGACUUCACUAUAAUUGUCAUAUAUUUCCAUAAGUGAAUGGAUUUUGAGGUAUUUUUAUUUUUUGAAUCUUAUUUAAAGCAUUUGUGAUGACAUGUUCAACUUUUGCAUGUAUGUAGCCAUCGAAGUAAAAAUAAAAUAAAAUAAAUAGGAAUGUUAGGCUCACAUUAAUGCUUUCUAGUUUCUAUUGUUUAUGAUCAUGGAACAUGACUACCACACAAAGUAGAUUUUUGUCCCAGUGAACUUCUGCGACUAUUUCUGACCCUUUGGAAAAUACCAACUGUGAGAAGGAUUUAAUUUGCCUAAUGUUAAAAAUCUAUCAUCUAAAUUACUUUAAGAGAGGAUUUUUGUCAGAUUUUGCUUUGCAAAUUGUUUUAAUUGAAUAUUUAGUCAUAAUAGACUUUGUAUGAACUAAGCUGAUUUAAUCAGUUUAAAAACCUCUCAUUACCUUCUUAGAUUAAAGAAGCUAAUACUCUUUUGAGAUAGAAGGAAAUAUUUUGUGGGGCAUGUGACUUUGGUGUCAGGGCAAUUGACCCUUCCUGGCCUGUGCUGGGGAAAGUGUGAGCUUCCAGUAGAAUCCUGGUCUUUUUGGCCAAGUCUUUGCAGGUGCAGCCUUGCGCUAUCCGCAAAGAGCCACAUGGAAACCAAAGAGCUCGCUUUCUCGUCUGUGUAAUUCCUGAGGGUGUGUGAUACGGGGCCAGGAAAUCUGAUUGAAACUAAUAUGCUGCUCCUCCUCCCAGUAUUCCCUAGAUGUCAUAUCACAGGCACUCGCUCCCAUUGGGAAAGUUAUGCCCAUUAAAUAAGGAUGAAUAAUACCCACUUAACGUAACUUGUCUAUAUUUCAAUCGUCUUUCAUAAGCCCGUUCUGAAGUGCUGACUUACUCAGUUUUAAGAUUUCCUCUUUUGCCCCAACUUUUCCAUUUUUCUAACAUGAGGGUAUAGUUAACAGCAAACAUGUACAUUUAAUGUUGCUAGUAGAUUGACAGUACACUUGAUGCAGAAAAAGCAUGAAAAGGAAAACACAACACUAGUAACCUUUGAAGAUAAAGUUGACUCUAACCUUCACACUCCUCUUCUUGGAUUUAGCUCAUGUUUACACCAUAUGCAGCCACAAGACUUUAUAGCUGAUAGAAACUUUAGAUAUAAUUAGAUCCAGUAGACGUAACAUACAAUCCACCAACUGAGCCUCGACCGAACUUGUCCCUUGUUACAGACAUAGGGCUAGCAAGCCACAGGGCUGGGCGUUGAAGUCUGCAAGCUAUAGCCCCGUGUAGGCUUCCUUAAGUGGAGAACACUCAAAGUCUGCCAACCUUACCUCCCCAAGUUACCCUGAUCAAGCACUAAAAUCUGAUCUGUUGGGGCCACUAACCUGACUACAUAAUCAGACAUCCGCUUUGUAAACAGUUCCUCAUUCUCUCCCUCGAACUCUGAGUGACUGAAGUGGCCUUAGGAUUUGGGGUUUGAAAAUAACCUUACUGUGACAGGUGGGCCUUUGCUGUCAGUGCUCAACUCUUAGAGGAUCCCAACUUUUGCACUCACACAAAACUGGCAGCGCUUGGAACGAUCGCAUGGUGGCGCUGCCUUCUAGCCAACGGUUCUGGCUCAGCAGCAGAAUUUAUCCAGCUAUGUUUGUGGAAUUAUUUUCAGACCCUACUGCAUUUUGCUCUUAUGCUUAUAUCAAAAUUUGACUAGAAAAUGUAAAAAUGAUACUUAGCGAUAUACAACAUUUAGUUUCGUGCACCUAAUACAAAUUUGUCAAAGAUGGAAUCUUCCAGAUAAGCUUAAAAAAAAAUCUCAAAUCUUAGGCUCUCAUUGGCCCUAUAAGCAGUUGUGAAGAGAAUGAAUAAAAUAACUAACACGCAGGAAAUAUGGGAAAUAUUUCAUCAAAUAUUGUGGCCACAGAGAGAAAAUUAGGGUUUGAUUUUUUUUUUUUAGCUUUCUGAAUAUGGAAUUCCCCUUUAAAAAUGUGAGUCUACCAUCCCCUUCCCUAUAUUGUAUGUUUCUGUAAGAUUUCACUCAUUACAAAUGAAAGUAGAGGACUGCCUGUAUAUUGUUUAUUUCUUAAAAAGAAUACAUUGAGAUCAAUUAAAAUUACUCAAGAGUUUGAAAGCCUGUGUAAUUGUUUCAACAGCUGGGAGGAGUCAGAGGGUGAAAGGGAAAAAGAUAGGGUCGGAGGUGCUAUGAAAAGUCCAUUGGAACUUGUGCCCCUGCAUAGCAAUGAGGGUGCGUUCCCCCUCUAUUUCUCCCAAGAAGGAAAAAAAUCCCAAAUAGAUUCCUACACAUCUGACUCUACUGUUCCGGUUUUGUUUUCUGUCAUUUUUGCAUAUGCAUCAAAAGCUGAGAACACUUCUUAUUUAGGUUAACCCAUUGAGGCCAAAAGUCACCAUCUGGUGUUCUAGAGACAUGACUCCAUUUUUAAAGGAAAACGCAGAGACUAUUAGAAUUUUAGAGUGGAAGGGACCUUUGAGAUCAUCUACCAGUGCUUCUCACGGCUUAGCCUGCAGAAGAAUCACUCAGUUACUUACUUAUUAUGCCGAUUUCUCAACCCUAGCCCUGGAGGUCUGGGAGGACUAGAUUAUCUGCAUUUUUAGCAAGAGCCCCAGCAAUUGUCAUGCUGCUGGUCCGCAGACCUCGCUUUGAGAACCCCUGAUUUUGUCCAAUCCCCACAUAUGACAAACGAGAAAGCCCCCAUCCCUAAGCUGUCUCAGGUGACCUGAUUCGAAUGUGUAAUACCAACAGUCUUAUGAAGGGUAGAUGGAGAAAGCCAUUAUUACUAAGACUUGAGCACAUAAUGCUCGUAAAUAAGAACAUUAUGGCUGGGACAACAGCAGUCAUAGGAGCCCAUCUCUGGAAGUUCAUAACAUAAAGCCUUUAAUACAGAGUGGUAGCUUUUCUCUUUUCUAAAUACAAUUUCAGCCUGUUAAGAGAAAAGAAAUUAAUGUUCAGAAAAAGUAGUUACUCCAUAUGUGCAGUAACUACUUUUCUAUAAUGUCUUAUGGCAUCUGGGGUUCAGCAUCAUUGAACAAGAUUAAAUGAACGUUAUAGAGCUAUAAAAUUGCAUGUAAAAUAACGCAAAACUGUUCAAAUGACUAUCAAAGUAGACUGGGAACGAAUUUCCGCUAAAAUUAAUUGUCACUUUCUAAACGUAGCUUAGCAAAGCUGUUACUAAACCGGAGGGAUUCUUUAAUGCUAGAAGUGUCAAAAAAAAUCAAAUAAGUAUUCCCCAAACCAUGUGAAUGAUAAGCAAAAGUCAUUGUGAAGUCAAUAUUAUUUUGUUCAUCAUUGCUACUGAAAUUUAGAGUCUCAUUGUAUAUGUGUGUGUUGAAUGUACCUUAUUAGAAUAUCCAAUAAAAUAGCCUUUGGAUAUUCUAUGCUCUCGUGUCUUUUAGGAAUCAUGAGGCUGAAGGAAUCGGUGUUAAAUGUUUUUGUUUUAGUUGCUGCCUGAAGACAGUUAUUGACUCAUUCAAUGAAGUGCAAGGUUUCUUUAUGAAAAUUUCAACUUCUAAUAUUGAAGUCAGAGAGUUUUUCUUGAACUUUCAUUUUGGAACAAGUGUUUAUUUGGGAUUUAUUAAACUGUCAACUUUGCAUUAUAGAAGUAAGCAUGAA